AUGCGGGCGUCCUUCCACUUCCUCACCGCCCUCCUGGCCUGGUGGGUCUGUGGCGUGUCGUCGACCACUGAUAACCUCACCUCUGCGGUGACCUGGGAUGAAUACAGUUUGCUAAUUAAUGGAUCCAGGGUCUUCAUCAACAGCGCAGAGUUCCACUACCCAAGGCUCCCCAACCCGGCCCUCUGGCCCGACAUCUUCCAAAAGUUCAAGGCCGCCGGCUUCAACACCGUCAGCCUCUACUUCUUCUGGAACUACCACUCGGCCGCCAGGGGUGUGUACGACUUCACCUCGCCAGGCAAAGACCUGCAGGCCCUGUUCGAUGCCGCCUCGGACGCCGGCCUGUGGGUCAUCUCGCGGCCGGGCCCCUACAGCAACGGCGAGUACACCGCCGGGGGCCUGGCGCUGUGGGGCUCGGACGGGAGCAUGGGCACGCUCCGGACCAGCGACGAGGCGUACUAUGAGGCCUGGCUGCCGUGGGUGCAGGAGCUGGGCGCCAUCAUCGCCGCGAACCAGAUCACCGAGGGCGGGCCCGUCAUCCUGAACCAGAUCGAGAACGAGCUGCAGGAGACGACGCACUCUGCCACCAACACCCUGGUCGUGUACAUGGAGCAGAUCGAGGCUGCUUUUCGAGAGGCUGGCGUGGUUGUUCCUUUUACGAGUAACGAGAAGGGAAUGCGGUCAGAGAGUUGGAGUGUCGACUACGAAGAUGUCGGAGGGGCCGUGAAUGUGUAUGGCCUGGAUUCUUACCCAGGCGGUCUGUCUUGCACGAAUCCGGCGUCUGGAUGGACACUUGUUCGAACAUACUACCAAUGGUUUCAGAAUUACAGCUACACUCAGCCAAGCUUCCUACCAGAGUUUGAGGGAGGGUAUUUUACUGCCUGGGGCAGUGGCACAUUUUACGAUACGUGUGUUUCGUACCAUGAUCCCGCCUACCCAGAUCUCUUCUACAAGAACAACAUUGCAGAGAAAGUGACGAUGCAGAACUUUUAUAUGGGUUAUGGCGGUACAAACUGGGGACACUCAGCUGCUCCAGUAGUUUACACAUCCUAUGACUACGCGGCACAUAUCCGAGAGACACGCCAGCUAUGGCCCAAGGUGCUCCAGACAAAACUCAUCAACCUCUUCGCCAGCUCGUCGCCCGACCUGCUCAAGACCGACAUGAUCGGAAACGGCACCGGCUACCAGGUCGACACAGACGACAUCUUCACGUGGCUGCUCCAGAAUCCAGACACAGGGGCCAGCUUCCUGUUCACGCAGCAGACCACGUCGAGCUCCGAGGUUAAUGUGACCUUCACCGCCACCCUCAACACAUCUCUGGGCCCUGUCAAUGUUCCGAAUGUCUCUCUCUUUGGCCACCAGAGCAGAAUCCUCGUGACAGAUUAUGCUAUUGGGAACAACCACACGCUUCUCUACUCCUCGGGCGACAUUGCCACCUGGGCCACUUUUGAUAAUGACGACAAUGGGGGCGAUGACGAGGCCACGACGACAGCCUUGGUUCUUUACCUCAAGGCCGGGCAGACGGGCGAGUUUGCCUUUGCCAACGAGGCUGGGCUGACAUACACGGCUUAUGGAACGUCUCUUGUCACCACCUCCAACAGCAGCACCGCAGGCCAGAUCUUCACGUAUACCCAAGGAGAUGGCCCGACAUUUGUCAAGUUUUCCAACGGCGUGCUCGUCUACCUGCUCGACCAGACCUCAGCAUGGACAUUCUGGGCCCCUCCGGCGUCCACCAGUGCUGCUGAUAACGUGUAUGGGUCUCCUGACGACAAGAUCUUCAUCCUGGGCUCGUACCUCGUCAGGAACGCAUCUUUAGGUGGCGACGGCGUGCUCCGGAUCUCAGGCGACAACAACGUCACCACAACCAUCGAGACCUUGAGCAGUAGCAGCAGCAGCAGUAUUACCUCCAUCACCUGGAACGACAUCCCUCUCAAUGCAACAAGGACAUCCUACGGCACAUACACGGCCACCAUCCCAGGAACCGAGUCCCGCAGCGUUGUCCUGCCCGAGAUCGCCACCUUGGACUGGCACUCGGCCGACUCUCUCCCCGAGUCCGACCCUUCCUUUGACGACUCGUCCUGGAUAGUCUGCAACAAGACCACCACCCAGGCUUACAUCGCCCCUUACACCUUACCUGUCCUCUUCUCCUCGGACUACGGCUACUACGCAGGGGCCAAGAUCUACCGCGGGUACUUUCCUGCUUCUUCUUCUUCUUCUUCAAACUACACCUCAGUCAACAUCACUGCCUCGGGCGGCGACGCCUUUGGCUGGAGUGCCUGGCUCAACGGCGUCUUCAUCGGUGGCGACACAGGCAACACCAGCGCCCUCGAGACCACCACCGCCGUCUUGGCCCUGCCCCCCUCUGCGCUGCUGCUUUCCUCCAACGGCUCCUCCUCCUCCUCCAGCCAACAGCAGGAAAACGUUCUGACCGUGCUCGUCGACUACCACGGCCACGACGAGACCUCCGUCGCAGGCGGCAUGAACGUUCCCCGCGGCCUCUACGGCGCCCAGCUGCUCCCCGCCCCUACCACCAGCACCAGCACCGCCAACACCACGACGGGCUUCACCACCUGGAAGAUCCAAGGCAGCGCAGGCGGCAGCGCCGCCAACAUCGACCCCGUCCGCGGGCCCUUCAACGAAGGCGGCCUGUACGGCGAGCGGCUAGGCUGGCACCUCCCAGGCUUCUCCCCGAGCACCUCGUACCCGACUUCCUACGGCGCCUGGGACGACGCCACCCCUCUCGACGGCCUCACGGGGCCCGGCGUCCGCUUCUACGUCGCCAACUUCACCCUCGACAUCGACGACGACCUCGACGCCCCGCUGGGCCUCGCCUUCUCCGCCCCCGAGGGCACCGUCGCCCGCGUCCUGUUCUGGGUCAACGGGUACCAGUACGGGAAAUACGAGCCGCACAUUGGCCCGCAGACCGUCUUUCCGUUCCCCCCCGGGGUUGUGAACAAUCAAGGGCAAAACUCUCUGGCGGUGAGCUUGUGGGCUAUGGAGGACGGCGGCGCCGCGCUGGAUGGCUUGGAGCUGGUGGUUUAUGAUGUGUACCAGACGGCCUUUGGCUUUGCUCGGGACUGGUCUGCCCUGCAGCCUGGGUGGACGGAUCGGAGCCAGUAUGUGUAGUUGAUUAGAUUUGGUAGGGUGUGAGGAGGAGGAGGAGGAGGAGGAAAAGAGAGAGAGAGAGAGAGAGAGAGAGAGAGAAAGAAAGAAAGAAUGAUGGCAGAUUGCUCCAUAGUGGUGAACAAAUC